AUGUACAGUUUUAUGGGAGGAGGGCUCUUCUGCGCUGGUGUUGGGAACAUACUCUUGAUUGUUUCCACGGCAACAGAUUAUUGGCUGCAGUACCGUCAUUCAACCAACUACAUGCAUCAAGGACUGUGGCGGUAUUGUGUACCUGGAAAAUGUUAUUCACACACAGACAGUAUUGCCUACUGGGAUGCAACACGAGCCUUCAUGAUCUUGUCUAUUUUGGCUUGCUUUAUUGGUAUCAUCCUUGGAGUCAUGGCCUUUAUUCACUACUCAUCCUUUGACAAGUUUGACAAAACCUUUGCUGCUGGCAUUCUCUUUUUUACUUCAAGCUUCUUCGUCUUGCUCGCCAUGGCAAUCUAUACCAGUGUGACAGUAAAUUAUUAUGGAAAACGGUAUGGAAACUGGAGAUUCUCCUGGUCCUACAUUGUUGGCUGGGUGGCCGUAGUCCUCACAUUUUUUUCAG